AUGAUAUAUUUCCAAAUUCCAACUAUUGCAAUCACAUUUCGCUUUCUCCAGUGUAUCUCAGCUUACAGUGGACAUUAUAAGCCAACUGAUGAUAGACUUGACAGCUUCUUAUCAUUUUUGAAGGAAAAUGGAGUCAACCUGGAUGAAGUUGAGAUACAAAAGGCAAAUGAUGAUUACGAGAGUUAUGAAAGCGGAAAACCUGUUAAAGAUCGGUCUGCAACUGAUGUUUCAUCAAUCUCAGAUUCCAUUCAACCUGAUAUUCCCAAUAAAGAGGAAAAAGACCCUUCUUCAGAAGCAACCAAAGCUCCUAACGCUGAAACUAAAGUCGAGUACAAGAGGACGCUCUCUGGUGGCCUUCAGAGCCCUAAAGCAAAUGUCCCACAGAGAGCAAUAUUGCAAAGGAUUAAUUCCAAGAAGGCCGCCAGUUCAUAUCAAUUAGGUCAACAACUCUCCCUCAAAUGGUCAUCAGGUGCUGGCCCAAGAAUCGGUUGUAUUGCUGACUACCCUGUUGAAUUGAGAUUACAGGCAUUGGAACUUACUAACCUCUCGCCACGAACUUGUCCUGAAUCAUCGACCCCAAGAAGGAUUGCUGCUGUUGCUUCACCUACAGCAUGUAGGCAGAACUUAUUAAUGGAAAUAUAA